CUCUCAUAUAUAUAUGCAUUCAUAGGAAAUAGGUAAAGGUCAUUAUUGUUUACCAAACAGUUUCAAUAUGUUAAGCAGUCCAAACAACAGCCGAAAUGAUCGCCAGUGUGUCCUUCAUGGUGGGAGAGUUAAACCGGUAUGUGUGUACGUGCGCAACGUCGUCGAGUAUGCAAGAAACCAUCAGCGCCGCCGAAUUUCGAAUGGCUUUUCGUUUCCCGAAACUCUGCAGUUCCGAUCUGUUUUAGAAACAACCCGCUCUAUCGUCUCGAGUACCCCUGCGUGCAUCGAGUCGCUUCCACUGCCGUUUUCCUGUUCGCUGUUGCUUUACACGGGGCACUGCUUGCGAAGUGGAACCUCAGAGCACAAGGCGGGGGGUGGCUGAGUGUAUUCAUCGCAAAGCACGUUGCAUUCCGUAUUUUCGUGGGUGAAAACCAAAAACUCGUAGUUCUUGAAUGGCAAGCGGAAUUGCCUUGAAUCGUCGCCCUCGAAGGCUUUGUAUCCGGCCCGGCAGGCGCAAUGGAAAUGUUUCCCAGUGCUAAUGCAUGAUGUAGUAGGGUGGCAGUUAUUUUGGCCAGAGAUCGGGUUGCAUGUUGGGCAAACAGGAGGAGAGAGGGCAAGAGAAGUGGUUGCUAGGAGGAGGAGAGCACCGAUAGCUUUGAAGGUAUGCAUCGUAAUAUUUGUUUGUUUGCAAUACAGUCAGGUGUUUUAUGGGAGAAAUGGGUAGGUUAGCGAAUGAUUGUUUCGAUGACCACGGGAAUAAAAGAAAAAGAGGGAUAUCAGAAGGACUUUCAGCCCUUAUAUACGUUUCUUGAGGGGUAUAAUAGGCGAGAAUCCAAAAUUUGACUCUCAGUGCCGAAGAAAACUGCCCAUGCUAGUCGACAUGGAUAUCGGCCUGCUUGCUUCGGCGCUGGGUACCAAUCCUAGAGCAGGAGGGG